AGGCAGAGGAGGCGGCGAAGGAGGAGGAGGGAGAACCCCGUGCAACGUUGGGACUUGGCAGCCCGCCUCCCCCUGCCCAAGGAUAUUUAAUUUGCCUCGGGAAUCGCUACUUCCAGAGGGGAACUCAGGAGGGAAGGCGCGCGCGCGCCUGGAGGGGCCACGCGGGGACCCCGGCCGCUGCUCCCUCCCUGCGCGGGACUCAGCGGAGGAGGAGAGAGAUGCAUCUUCGCUGUUUUUCGGCUGUGGCGGCCGAGAGGAGACUUGGCUCUUGGCGGAUUGUAGCUGCGCUCACCCCGGACGCCCUGCCUCGCGCUUGGGCAUGAAACGCCCGUGAACUCCGACCGCGUUAUCUUCCCCUGCGCAGCCACUGCGUCCUCCUUCAGCGGCCCCUCCCUCCCCAGCGCGGGGGGCGGCGUGGAUUUCGGAACCUGGGUUUCUGCUGCCUCCAGCCCUGUUUGCAUGUGCCGGGCCGCGGCAAGGAGCCUCCGCCCCCCACCCAGUUGUUUUUCGGCACCUCCCUCGGCUCCACGGCGGUGGCGGCGGCAGCAUGGCGAGCCCACCGGAUACCGAGGGCUUCUCGGACGUGCGCAAGGUUGGCUACCUGCGCAAACCCAAAAGCAUGCACAAGCGCUUUUUCGUGCUGCGGGCAGCCAGCGAGGCCGGGGGCCCGGCGCGUCUGGAGUACUAUGAGAACGAGAAGAAGUGGCGGCACAAGUCGAGCGCCCCCAAACGCUCGAUCCCCCUGGAGAGCUGCUUCAACAUCAACAAGCGGGCUGACUCCAAGAACAAGCAUCUGGUGGCUCUCUACACCCGGGAUGAGCACUUUGCCAUUGCGGCGGACAGCGAGGCCGAGCAAGACAGCUGGUACCAGGCUCUCCUGCAGCUGCACAACCGUGCCAAGGGCCACCACGACGGGGCUGCGGUGCCCGGAGCGGGAGGCUGUGGGGGCAGCUGCAGCGGCAGCUCCGGUCUUGGGGAGGCCGGGGAGGACUUGAGCUAUGGAGAUGGACCCCCAGGACCUGCGUUCAAGGAGGUCUGGCAGGUGAUCCUGAAGCCCAAGGGCUUGGGUCAGACAAAGAACCUGAUUGGCAUCUACCGCCUCUGCCUGACCAGCAAGACCAUCAGCUUCGUGAAGUUGAAUUCUGAGGCAGCGGCCGUGGUGCUGCAAUUGAUGAACAUCAGGCGUUGCGGCCACUCGGAGAACUUCUUCUUCAUCGAGGUGGGCCGUUCUGCAGUGACGGGGCCUGGUGAGUUCUGGAUGCAGGUAGAUGACUCGGUGGUGGCCCAGAACAUGCAUGAGACGAUCCUGGAAGCCAUGCGGGCUAUGAGCGAUGAGUUUCGCCCCCGCAGCAAAAGCCAGUCUUCAUCCAACUGCUCCAACCCCAUCAGCGUCCCCCUGCGCCGGCACCAUCUCAACAACCCUCCGCCCAGCCAGGUGGGACUGACCCGCCGGUCUCGCACGGAGAGCAUCACUGCUACCUCUCCAGCCAGCAUGGUGGGCGGGAAGCCUGGUUCCUUCCGCGUGCGCGCUUCCAGUGAUGGUGAGGGCACCAUGUCCCGUCCAGCCUCGGUGGAUGGCAGCCCUGUGAGUCCUAGCACCAACAGAACGCAUGCCCACCGGCAUCGAGGCAGCUCCCGCCUGCAUCCCCCACUCAACCACAGCCGCUCCAUCCCCAUGCCUUCCUCGCGCUGCUCACCUUCGGCCACCAGCCCCGUGAGCUUGUCGUCCAGCAGCACCAGUGGCCACGGCUCCACUUCAGACUGCCUCUUUCCAAGGCGCUCGAGCGCUUCUGUUUCUGGCUCCCCCAGUGACGGUGGUUUCAUCUCUUCUGAUGAAUAUGGCUCUAGUCCCUGUGAUUUCCGAAGUUCUUUCCGCAGUGUCACCCCAGAUUCCCUGGGCCACACCCCACCGGCCCGUGGAGAGGAGGAGCUGAGCAACUACAUCUGCAUGGGUGGCAAGGGGGCCUCCACCCUGACGGCUCCCAAUGGUCACUACAUUUUGUCUCGGGGUGGCAAUGGCCACCGCUACAUCCCAGGAGCGGGCUUGGGCACCAGCCCAGCAUUGGCUGGGGAUGAAAUAGCCAGUGCUGCAGAUCUGGAUAAUCGGUUUCGGAAGAGGACUCACUCAGCAGGGGCGUCCCCUACUAUUUCCCACCAGAAGACCCCCUCCCAGUCCUCAGUGGCUUCCAUUGAGGACUACACAGAGAUGACACCUGCCUGCCCACCAGGAGGUGGCAGUGGAGGCCGACUGCCCAGCUACCGGCACUCCGCCUUUGUGCCCACCCACUCCUACCCAGAGGAGGGUCUAGAGAUGCACCCCACAGAGCACCGUGGGGGUCACCACCGCCCAGACCCCUCCAGCCUCCACACAGAUGAUGGCUACAUGCCCAUGUCGCCAGGGGUGGCCCCUGUGCCUGGCAACCGAAAGGGCAGUGGGGACUAUAUGCCCAUGAGUCCCAAGAGCGUGUCUGCCCCACAGCAGAUCAUCAACCCCAUCAGACGCCACCCCCAGAGAGUAGACCCUAACGGCUACAUGAUGAUGUCUCCCAGUGGGAGCUGCUCCCCUGACAUGGGAGGUGGGUCGAGCAGCAGUAGCAGCAUUAGCGUCGCCCCUUCCGGGGGUAGCUAUGGGAAGCUGUGGACCAAUGGAGUUGGAGGCCACCACUCUCAUGCCCUGUCUCAUCCCAAGGCCCCUCUGGAGAGCGGUAGUGGCAAGCUCUUGCCUUGUACAAGUGACUACAUGAACAUGUCGCCCGUUGGAGACUCCAAUACCAGCAGCCCCUCUGAAUGCUAUUAUGGCCCUGAGGACCCCCAGCACAAACCUGUCCUAUCCUAUUACUCAUUGCCAAGGUCUUUCAAGCACACCCAACGCCCCGGGGAACUGGAGGAAGGAGCCCGGCAUCAGCACCUCCGCCUUUCCUCCAGCUCUGGUCGUCUUCUCUACACUGCAGCAGCAGAAGAUUCUUCCUCUUCCACCAGCAGCGACAGCCUGGGUGGGGGCUACUGUGGGGUGAGGCCAGAGCCUGGCCUCCCACACCCCCACCACCACGUCCUGCAGCCCCGUCUGCCCCGAAAGGUGGACACAGCUGCACAGACCCACAGCCGCCUGGCCCGGCCUACAAGGCUAUCCCUGGGGGAUCCCAAGGCCAGCACCUUACCUCGGGCUCGGGAGCAGCAACCACAGCCACCCCUGAUACACUCUCCAGAGCCCAAAAGCCCAGGGGAAUAUGUAAAUAUUGAAUUUGGGAGUGACCAGCCUGGCUACUUAUCUGGUCCCAUGGCUUCCCGCAGUGGCCCUUCUGUCCGGUGUCCCUCUCAGCUCCAGCCAGCUCCCAGAGAGAAGGAAACUGGCACCGAGGAGUACAUGAAUAUGGACCUGGGCCCUGGCCGGAGGGCAGUCUGGCAGGAGGGUGGUGGGGCUGAGAUGGGCAGAGUGGGCCCAGCACCUCCAGGGGCCACUAGUGUUUGCAGGCCUACCCGGGCAGUGCCUAGCAGCCAGGGUGACUACAUGACCAUGCAGAUGGGUUGUCCUCGUCAGAGUUACGUGGACACCUCACCCGUCGCUCCUGUCAGCUAUGCUGAGAUGCGGACAGGAAUUGCAGAAGAGGUGAGCCUGCCCAGGGCCACCAUGGCCACUCUCUCUUCAUCUGCAGCAGCCCCUGCUUCCCCCACACCACCUCCAGGAGCAGCUGAGUUGGCUGCCCACUCAUCCCUGCUGGGGGGUCCACAGGGACCUGGGGGCACGAGCGCCUUCACCAGGGUAAAUCUCAGUCCCAACCGCAACCAGAGUGCCAAAGUGAUCCGUGCAGACCCACAAGGGUGUCGGAGGAGGCACAGCUCAGAAACCUUCUCCUCAACGCCUACUGCCACCCGGGUGGGCAACAUGGUGCCCUUUGGAGGGGAUGCUGCAGUCGGGAGCAGCGGUGGUGGCAGCAGCAGCAGUGAGGAUGUGAAACGCCACAGCUCUGCGUCUUUUGAGAAUGUGUGGCUAAGACCCGGGGAGCUAGGGGGAGCACCCAAGGACACAGCCCAAGUGUGUGGGGCAGCUGGGGGUUUGGAAAAUGGUCUUAACUACAUAGACCUGGAUUUGGUCAAAAACUUGAAACAGCGCCCUCAGGAGCGCCCCCCUCAACUGCAGCCUCCCCUGCCCCCAGCCCCUCAUCAGCCCCUGGGUGGCAGUGAGAGCAGCUCAACCAGCCGCUCCAGCGAGGAUUUAAGCGCCUAUGCCAGCAUCAGUUUCCAGAAGCAGCCGGAGGACCACCAGUAGUUCGACUGGACAUCACAGCAGAAUGAAGACCUAAAUGACCUCAGCAGAUCCUCCUUUCACUCGUGGGUACCCAGACUAUUUCAUGCUUCACACCCAGGACCUCAGAUCUUCCUCCUCAGUAGAUGGUACGAUGCGUCCAUUUCAGUUUGUUUACUUUAUAUAAUCCUCAGGAGUUCGUUGACUGAACUGCACAUUCUACAGUGUGCCAAGCAAAAAAAAAAAAAAAAAAAAAAGCACUGUGACACCAAAAGAAUGCAUCGGCUUGAACUUCAGCGUGACCCUUAUGGACAUGGCCGGCCACAGCGAGCUGAUGUGCCCACCAUCAUGCCGUGAGAGAAUGGGCUUCCUCCUCGCACUGCAUUCACAAGAUGCGUUUCAUCUGCUGCUGAAACUGUGUUUGACAAAGCAUCGUUGUAAAUUAUUUCAUACAAUACUGUUCACAUUGGGUGGAGAGAGUAUUAAAUAUUUAACAUAGGUUUUGAUUUAUCUGUGUAAUUUUUUAAAUGGAAAAGUAACAUUUCUUAAAGCACAUCUUUUUUUUGGAUGUGGAACUGAGGUAUACAAUGUUCUGUUGUAAAGGGUGGAGCAGAUGCUUAGAACAAGGCCGCAAAGAGUAGAAUAGGGUAUAAUCCUCAUUUUAAGAUUGUAAUUCAGAAAAAUAAUAUAAUAAGAAUCAUAGUGCCAUAGAUGAUUCUCAAUUGUACAGUUACAUUUGCUGGUACUAUCUGUUGUAAUAUAAACUUGAUGUUGAGCUGAGUUCCUUACAAGAAUUAAUCUUAAUUUUGUAUUUUUUUUUCCUGUAAGCCAAUAGGCCACGUUAAUUAAAUUGAAGAAGGAUAUAUUCUACUGGGGUAUUUUCAAGUGUCAGCUGAAAAUUAGCUAUUGAAUGGAAGAAAAGGAAAUCGAAGUCUUCCAUUGUAUAUGUUGUAAAGAGAAGGCGACCUGGGUGAUCCCGUCAAAUCAAAAGCUCUCUUUGGAAUGAACAAUGUGGGUGUUUGUAAAUUCUGGAAAUGUCUUUCUAUUCAUAAUAAACUAGAUAUGUUGAGCUUUUCUUCUCUCCCCUCCCCUCCCCAACUUCUAUAAACUCCCUGCUCCAUUCCCACCAUUUAUUUUCUGUGCACACGUUAUGAUAUUUCAUUUCCUGCAUUAUUGAGAGAAGGAGUUUAAGACAAGUGAAUACUUGCUAAACAGAUAUUAAAUUUCCAGAAAAAAAACUUUUUUUUUUCAAAAAAGUAAUGACAACCAAGGCUAUAUGUUAGUGUCUUUAAGACCCUUAUCUCAUGUAUUCCGAGAAUUUCCAGUGUUAGAUUAUGUAACUGAAUGUAACUGGCCCAUUUCCCCUGGUGGGUACUGGCCUAUUAGUGAUUAGUUAAUAAGACACUGUACAGAGAGCACAUAAAAUCAUAAUGACCUGCUAUUGAAACAUCGAACUAGCAGUGCAACUGUUAACUCUUGUUUAGAAAGUAUACGGAUCGUGGAAUUUUUCCUUGUAAAACAGAAAUGGCAGUGACCACACUGAAAGACAUUGCCUGCAAAAUUUUAAAGCCUUUUGCUGGGAAGCCUCUUAGAGGUUCAUGAAUCAAUGUAGAUAUCAGACUCCCUUGGAGUCAGUGAACUCUCUGUCAGGCAUUGCGAGCCCUGCUGUUGAGAGGAGCAGUAUUUUGCUAUCUGGAAGUGGUUGAGCUCCAAGUGGGGCUACAAGAAAGGGGCUGGGAUUGGAGCGCACUACAGUGGCUGCAGUCCUGACUUGCUAGCUGGGGAGCCCCACUCUGCUCCAAAGGGAGUGGAGAUAAGCGGAACCUCCAUGCCACUAAGACCCGUGUUACUGCUUAUUUAAUCAGAUGGCAUGUACCUCACGGACUGUUGUACAAUGUUCAUUGUUGCGGAUUUUAAUCAUUUGCAUGCUCAUCAGCUUCCAAAAUAGGUCUGUAGCCCUACAAAUCCAUUGUUUUCUAGGAACUGGCUGAAUUACAUCAUUUCCUAUUAGUACAGAACACCGUCAGUUUUGACCAUCUGAUAUGAAUGUUAUUUUUUUUUCAAAUUUUUCUCCUUUGUAAAAAAGUCUUUCUUAGCCAAACUAAUUUUUAAGUUUUGAAGUAUUCUGAUUCACACUCUUGCUAGCGUAAGAAUGCAAGCUGUCCUGCUCUUUUCUUUUGGGGACUGAAGUAAAGAGGGAAAGCGCCAUUCAUUUCCCUAUAAAGCAGGUUAUCAUUUCUCAAGGAACCCAGACUUUGAAUAUGUAUUGCCAACACACCUCUGCAUGCAGAAUUAUCAACACCCUUUGGGUGAAAACAAAAAUGAACAGACUGGAAAAUCCGUCUCUUCAUUAUUCUCUGCUUAACAUUUUGUUGAGUAAAAUAAUCAUAAAGGUAGAUCUUAUUUAAGCUGCUUCUAGAGGUACUCUAGCUGGGUUAGUUGGCAGUAGCAAACUUUACUGAUUUAAAACUGGAAGUUGCUGAUACUCCAGCCCCAAACACAUGCUCUGGCUACUUGAACCAUUUACUUGGAACACAUCAGCUGCUAACUCAGUGUGUUUGGUUCCUAUUGCAGAGAGAGUUGGCUUUUAUCUAUUUCAAAGUAUUUGUAGACCCUCCAACAGCAUACAUUAGUGGGGCUUUUAGUGACCUCUGGUCAACCUAGAAGUUAGUGGCUUUUUCUUUAUGAGACCCACCUUUUACAGAAUUCUUUCUUAGAGACUUAGGCAGCGUUUAAAAAAUUCUCCUUUGUGAAAAGAACAAAUGCUUCAUGGCUUUGAUGAUAUCUUCAUUCUGGGCAAAAUCAUGGCCUGAGGACCAGCUGGGAGUAAGGAGAAUCCAUUAAUGAUCAACCACCUGGGUCAAUAAGGACAAAUCAGUACCGAUGUUGUGUUUCUGGCUAUUUCUUGCUAACUUUCAAAGGUCAGGGACUUUCCUGACUAAUCUAAUGGAUAGCAAAUAAAAUAAAAUCUACUCAGAAUCAUCUAGCCAGAAGCACAGUUUUUUUUAAAAAACUAUUUCUUUGCCUUUUCUAGCACUUCUUUCCAUGUGAGACACAGUACUAUAAAACAAUUUUGCUAUACUGUAAGAGACUGCAUUUUAUGGUCCCAAAGCCCUGUUUUAUUCAUUCUUGCAUCCUGAGUGCAGUAUGCCAUGCAGUAGGAAACUUCCGUUUUCUUUACUACAGGUGAUUGGAAGGUGGAGGAAGAGGCUUAUACCCCACUGACAGUAAGAACCAUGAAAAGUACUAGGGCUGUGAAGGGCUAUCACACCGGGGACAGUGAGCAUAUAUCUGGAAUCACGCUGCUCUUACAGAGCUCCGUAGGUCAGUUCAUCACCCAGGCAGGCUCCGAAGCCUGAGAUGGAGAAGGGAAGACUUGACUGAAACAGUGCAAAGGACCCCUUGGAAGGCACACAAAGGAGAGUGGGUAAAAGCCAGGUGCACAGUGAUGUCUUUGCAGCGACUGAUGGGGAUUGGUGUUCCCAGGACAGGGUGAAUGUUGGGGCUGAUGCCGAAUUCUGUAUGUGGGCUAUGGGAAUUUGAAGGGAGAGGCAUGCUCUUCUAGAAGCGUGUGGCAGUCAGACCUUGCCUGUACUGAAACAAAGGCCUCCACGCAGGCUGUAUGCUUGAUACAGAGAGCAGUCAGCAAACCAUUCAGGGUUUCAUGCUGGUGCCUUUAGCCAUUUCUAAAGCCAAGCUGAGAUUUUCAAGGUCCUUUCAUACAUAGCUCUAUAAAUCUGUCUCCUGAGUGUCGCUGCAGGAUGCAUGGGUCAGGGAGUAUGUCCGGUAUGCUUGGAAUCAGAGCAUCAGAUGAGAUACUGGGCGGGGGGGGGAGGCUUGAGUGCAGUUGAAGGUCCUUGGCCCUACUCUUAAAAGAUUUGUUAUUCAUAAGCAGCAUAUAAUUAGCUAAUAUGAUUAGAAAAUGUAUGACUUAGAUGGAGCAUUGUCUUCCUUUCUUAGCUUGUCGUUGGCAUUUGUGGUGUAUACACCGAGAGACCUGGUGUCUUAUCUUAGCCUUGUACCAUUCACCUGGCAUUUAAAUCCCUCAUUGCUUACGCUUUUCUUUUCCCCAGUGUUAAUUCCAAUGCCAUAUAGUAGGAUGAAUUUACUACACAGGAAAACAUGUCCGUAUCUGUGCGGACACCAUUAGUGCAUUUCUCUUUUCAUUGUAGAACGUCGCCAUUGGCCUGAGAGUGUAGUUCCCAGAACAAUGUUUUUUUUUUCUUGCAAACUACUUUCCUUAUACAUCUUGGCUACAGGGUAGGCCAAAUGAAUUACGUGUUUAUUUUCAGUUACUGUGUGUGCAGUUUGGUUUAUCAUCUGAAGAUGGUGGAGCUGCUCAUGGUGCUACUUCAUCUGUGUACAAGAGACCAACGCAUGGUCUGUAUUGCUACCAAAACAUUUACUGUAUAUAUGUGUAUAACAUACGUACUAUGUAUAUAUGUAAUGGGUACCAGGCCAGGUUUAUAGUUUUCAUUUAGAAGUGUUUCACUUUUCCAAGUUUUCUUUAUAGUGUUGUGCUUAUUUUCAUUUUUGCCCCCUGGUUCUGUCUGGUACUUAGAACUGUAGUGUCUUCAUUGUUAAUUAAAGAAAACUGUCUGAAUGAAUUCACAGAUGUGA